UCGGACGGAAUUGUCCUGUGCUGCCUCGGAUGUUACUGGGUAGAAUCGCCACCACCGUCGCCAGAUUUUGUAUGAACUGAACAGUUCCGAGUGGGACUUGGACGCCGAAGACCGGUCGCAGUGACUCCUAAAUUGUGAUAUUCCUAGUCUAAUGGGAUUUGCGGGAGUUUAAGAAUACAGCUAGUGAAUCAAUGCAUUUCCCUGCCCGGUAGUAAGUGCCUAUUUGCGAUCGAGUUCCACACAUCACAGGAGAGAGAUAUCAAAAGAUUCGCGGGUUAUUUUAGUCAAAUAGAUAGGAGCGCUUUUCGAUUUUACGUACGUGCAAUCAAGUGAUAUUACCUACAACAACGGAAGAAGAAAUGCCAGUCGAAACCAGUAAGCGUCUGUGAUAGAAACGUGCGCUCACCUCCGGCGACCCAGUUGAUAUCGGCGGCGGCGUAGUCUACGACCACCUCGGGAACUGUUUUGAAGCCAUUGGUUGAUAUCAGAGCAGAGUGGCGCGACGUGAUUAGUGCAGUGAAGUGUGUGAUUCCCACGAAAAGCUUUCGCGUCUGCGAUGUACAGCGAUAAUAGGCGUAGUGCCUUCAAUUGUGAAAGUGGUGGAGAUAAGGACAAAUGUUUUCCCUACUCGAUUCUUUCGAAGCAUCAGCAACAACAACAACAGCAGCAGCCGCAACUGCAUCAACAUCUGCCGCAUUACUACCCCUCGCAGCAGCCCGCACCAAUUGGAGCUCAAGGAUUUCGGAACUACUCCGCUCCGAUAACUCCGCAAGUUACCCACUCGCCUCUGACCGUACAGGGAGCUUCCUUCUACACGAACACAAUGGUUACCGAUGUCGGAAUUUGCUUCAGCAUGAGCAACGUCAACCUGAACAGCGAUUAUCCACCCUUUCUUGGCCAUCCGUCCCUAUCCGUACUGGGCAAAGGUUAUAACGAUUCUACCCAACCAACCCACACCAUCCCUCCUUCAAUACCCAAGUUCCGAUCAGCAUCAUCCUCCUUCAAACCCCGCAACGUAACUCCCCCAAACGGACUCCCUCGCUCCUCAUCCCACACGCCCCCGUCAACCUCCCCGUACAGCAUACCCUACUCCCCGUACUACUUUGCCCACCCGAAGAUCCCGGUCAAGAUCUACAACAACCGCGUAGCCCCCUACCUUCCCAUCCCAACCAACGCGACCUCAUCCGCGUCGGUAGCUGCCGCCUACGGCCAGCAGCUCAACAACUACUUCAACUAUCCAGCAACCCCAGCCGUCCCUACCGAGUGCAAACCCAUCACCAAACAUCGCAAAAAUGCGUCCAAAACCCUGAUGAACACCCAAUACUACGGAAUCUGUAUGACUCAGGGCGGCAAAGGCUCACCAUCCUAUUCCCCACCGACUUCGGUGCCGCCCCAGCAAACCCCAAGCCCGCCCAACUCGGAAAGUCCGAUCAACGUGGACGGGGACGUUUCGGAUAGUGUUCCGCCACUUCCGGAGGACGAUGACGAUGAUGCCGACGUCGACGGCGACGAUCGGCGGUUCAGCUACGAGGUGGACGACGGGGAUAAUGAGCCGCAGGAUUUCAGCUUGAAAACGUUGAGCGCACAACGCAUCGCCAGCAGGGAUUUGGAGGAGUGUUCCUCCCGACGGACGUCGGCGCCGCCCAAGAAGAAGUGGAUACGCCAGCAUAUGGAGGACGAACCCCUCGUAAACGGACAUUCCACAGCACCACCGCUCGUUGUGAUAUCGACCAAUAAAUGCAGCCAGAAGCAGCACCAUGCCGCCGCCGCCGCCGCCGUCUCGUCCCUCACGAUUGAUCUCUCGGUCAAAAGCAACGGCAGCUCGGGGAUUAUCGGACACCGCCUGUCCAGCACGCCGCCCUCGUCCGGAUGUUCGUCGUCGUCCUCGACGCUGACCAUCUCGCCGGUGGACGACUCGCAGUCGUCGCUGAAUCUGAGCGGUGGCUCCACCAGCGGUUACAUCACCAGCCACAGCGCCAACAGUUCCAGCUCGCUCAACCUGAGCAGCGGUUCCUCGCCGUUGCCCAUCAACGGAAGCGUGAUAGCGGCGACGUCGCAUGGGUCCAACUCGUCCCCGCUGCCGCACGAUCUCGUCAUUGUAGGACAGUCGCAGCAUCUGGGGGGGAUCGGCGGGGGUCAACCGCACCACGGACUGACCAGCACGGCCACCCUGCUGAAUCACAUCCCGGCUGGUGGGCGGAGGCGGACCACCAGCUCCAACAGCAACGGCAGCGUUGGUACGAGAGAAGUGCACAACAAGCUGGAGAAGAAUCGACGGGCCCAUCUGAAGGAGUGCUUCGAGUCGCUGAAGAAGCAGCUCACGCUCCAGCCGGAUGAAAAGAAAACGUCCAACCUGUCGAUUCUGCACGCGGCCAUACGGCACAUUCAGGUAUUGAAGCGCAAGGAGCGCGAAUACGAGCAUGAAAUGGAACGGCUGGCGAAGGAGAAAAUCUCCUCCCAAAACCGGAUACUGGUGCUGAAGCGGGAACUGUCCCAAUGGGGAGACGUGGACUUUUCGCGCCUCGCUCCGGACACCGACGCCAUUCCAAAUAGUAGCAGCAGUGCUACCGCCAACAGUGUGCAAUCGGAUCGAGAUUUGCUGAACGAUCCGCCGGGCAUCGCCCCAGGUCGUAACGGCAUUCGGUACAGUUCGUCCAGCUCUCUGUCCAGCGUUGCCACCACUGCCUCCAUCGGUAAUCUACCGCUCCACACCACCAUCUCGCCGGUGCUGAUAGCGGCGUCGUCACCCAGCCGUGCCAGUCCACCGUCGUCUGCGGUGAAUCGGAACUCGAGUUCCCCGGCCGGCGGAAGCAUGCCCAUGCCACUGUCCCUGACGACCAAGGGUGGUGUAGUCAUGGGUUCCGAUACGCACAACAGCAGCAACAGUACACCAUCUCCGCUCAAGUUUGGUAGCGCGUCCGGGCUUCCGAAUGGGCUCAAUCUCAGCGCCACCACCACCAUCAAUGGACACAGCAGCAACGGAGGAAGUAACUCCUCCGGCGGGAGCAAUUGCAGCACGCCAAACAGCAGCACCGGCGGUGGUUCCAUCGUUACCAACGGUAUCGGUGGAACGCCACUGCCGUUGAUUGUUAAUGCAAACAACCUCGGUAGUCUGAGCCAGUCCCAACUGCUAACGCCGGUCACGGCCACAAUCCUGACGACCGGUAAUGGCACCGCCAUCCAGACGUUGCCCCUGAACCUGAACGUCGCUUCCACCAUUUCCAACGGUCACCACCUGUCGUCGUCUUCGUCGCCAUCCAUCGUUAGCACAUCGAACGGUUUAACCAGCGCUGGUGGACCAUCGGGACUGCAAAUCAUCGGAACCACCGCCAACGGAACGACCAUCCCGGCCAGUCUGAUCAGUUCCACCACCGGGAAGGAACUGCUCAACGGGACCGCACUGACCAAAAACGGCUUCCGCACCACCGAAGGCAACAAGAUUGAGAUUAUUGCCACCCAAUCCGCGGCUGGUUCCGCGCUAGAUCCACCGGCUACCAAGGUGAUGAGGCUGGUCAACGGCAAUACCCUGGUCGGGGUGACCUCGAUCGACAAGGACAAGAUGAUGCUGUCACAGGUCGUUCCGCAAGGCGGUCUGGUGAUGAGCCCAACUAUCCAGCUACUCACCUCCCAGGGACUGCGGGUAAUCCAGCAAGCCCCCAAUGGAUUGGCCACCAUCGAGCUCAGCACCGCAGCAAAUGUGCAGUCGCAGUCAAACCAAGCUCAACGAACCACCGGUGGUAAUGGCCUGCACAGUUCCGCCACCGCCCACAACAACCCAUCGCAUUUAACCGCCACCAGUCAGCCAUCGAAUCAGUCUUCGGGCAGCAGUAGUAACCACCACAACACCCACCACCUCCAUCACACGCAGCAACCCACCCACAUCCAAACGAUGACCGGCGCCCAGCUGCACAAACUUCUCAUCAGCUCGUCGGCGGGAGCCGGGUCCGGCAGCAACGGUAGCACCGUCAUCAGCACGUCCUCCAGCGCCGGGUACAGUAACGGCGGUUCGCCAACGGCCACCAUCACUCCGGAGCUGGCGCGGCUUCCCGGCGGAGCCGAACUGAACAUUCUGCCCGCUGGGACGAACGGGGCCACGGCACUGCCCCUGUACCGGGCCACCACCGGUCCGGGCGGGAAGCUUACCUUCGUGAAUGCGAUCUCCACCGCCGGCGGUACCGGACUGACUCUGAAAGGUACCGAUAGUUCCACCACCGGAACGGGUCGAACGACGGCCCUCCACGUGGUGACCCCUGGCCAGCUGUCCGGUCUAACGCCGGUUGUGGUCUCCCGGUACGACCCGGAAGCCGGAGGACACAUAAUCGGCCCGUUCACAACCUCUGCCUCGGCUGCUGCUGCUGCUGUUGGUUCGUCCCAAACCCAAUCCACCCAGCAGCUGGGAAAGGUGGGUGCCUUAGUUUCACGGAACUGAACUGAACGGCGAUGAGCCCGCCACUCAAAAAGUAACAACCACCCACCACCACAACCACCAAUCAUCAUCGGGAUUUGACCGUUGAGUUGACCAGAACCAAUAACACCUCACCAUCACCAACCAACCAACCACCCCAAAAACCACAAACUGAACAAAGCCAUACGCCAGAAAGUUUUUUUUGUUGUUGUCUACAAGGGAUCAUAACCUAACUUACCUAGAAUGUACUGGGUAUCCACACCUCCACCAGAGAAGAGACUAAACCCUAAAGUGCCCUCUCCGUUCUAUUCCGCGCUUUACCCGUUUCUCCCUUCGGGGAGGUAUCGUUGUUUCUCGUCUCGUUGUUGCUCUCUUGCUUAAUAUUCACGCCUGGCUGCUACUCUGCGUCUCUGGGCCGGUCCCAGACGGUGGGAACGUCUCCGCCGAACUUCGACUCAUAGAUGGCAGCACCGGCAAAAGCCAUCGAAUGGUACAAAAACUGCUUUCUAGAAGCGAUGGCGUCGACAGCGAUGGCGAGGAAGCAAUAGCAACGUAGAAGAGGUUUCGUUCCCCUGAAAAUAGGCAAGCGGAAGGUUAGUUUGGGUAGGACAUUAGGGAAAAAAAGGAUUUGAAUUGUUUCGUUAGUUCGAUGAGCUGUCCGAUCGUAGUUUAGGAAGGUACUUUGGAACUAGCAGAGGCAAGCAAUAUGAAAAUUUUAUGAUUGAAAUGUAUAUAACUUUUUUAUGUAUAUUCUUAAAAUAUAGAAGAUUACAGAUUUUA